AUGUACAAUAGAUUAAAAAAGAAUAUAAAUGAAAUAAACAUAUGCAAAGACAUAAUUGCUCUAUUUUUUGUACUUGGUUUUCUUUCUAUUUUCAAACUCAUUACGACUCUCAUCAAAUGGGUUUUCAUCAUUUUCUUCCAACCACCUAAGAACCUAAAAAACAACGGUUCAUGGGCUAUCAUCACCGGAGAAAUCGGCGGCAUCGGUAAAGCCUUUGCCUUCCAACUAGCUCAAAAGGGUCUUCACCUAAUCUUGGUUAGCAGAAACCUAUCCAAGCUUAAAUACGUUUUUGAUGAGAUUGUAUCGGUGCACCCAAACACCAAGAUCAAGAUUUUCACUAUGGAUUUUUCCGGCAAGAAUAUGGUGGUUGGAGUUAGGGAGAUGCAAAAGGUGAUUUAUGUUGGGCUGACUUAUCUUGCGGCUAGGUUUUUUCAUGAGGUUGAAGAAGAAGUUUGGAUGAAUGUGAUGAAAGUGAAUGUGAUAGAUACGAGUUUGGAUUAA